AAACUGAAUUUCAAUUCCACCUCUUGACAUUUUUUCUUUUUUUUCCAGUGUCGAAACUAUUAUUAGCGUCCAGGCUUUCUCCUUCUCCAACGCGCAUUCUUAUGAAAUGCCGCUGCGUAAAAAUAGAAAUACAGUUGUCCAUAACUGGCACCCAUUGACACAAUAGCUCCCGUUCUGGAGACGUAGCUCCUCCCUAUGUAUGUGUGAGAGAGAGUCUGUGUGUGUGUAGCGGGUGGGUGACAGCUGGGCUCGCUGCGCUCUGCUCCAGUCUGGUAAGAAGCUUCAUCUCCAAAUAGGAUGACCGUCGGCUUUUGUGGAAGGGACUGCAUUCAGCUCCGUAGCUAGUUCUGGGACACCCGGUUGGUUCCGUCCGUUCAGUUUACCUGAGGGGAGUUUAAAAGCCAAAACGUCGUUUUUUUCCUCUCUAGUGUGGAUUUCCGAUGGAUAUUCCGAUUUGAAGAGGUGUGAUUCGAGCGCGGCAUGUAACAAAAAGAAGCGCAAGAGAAAAGUAGCGCUCGUAUUGUUGUUUUGAAACGGGCACCGUCUGAACUGCUUUGAGAGCCAUAUCUCAUGGAUUACUAAUAGACAGAGCCGUACAACCACUCCGAGGCAUAUCCAUUCAUGAGCUGAAGGCUGAGGUAAAUCUGUAGCAGAGGACCAGCAGCAGCAGCAGCAGCAGCAGCAGCAGCAGCAGCAGCAGCAGCAGCAGCAGCAGUGUUGGUGCGACCAUGAGGUCAGAGGCCUUGUUACUCUACUUCACGCUACUGCAAAUAGCCGGGGCGGGCUUCCCCGAAGACAGCGAACCUAUUAGUAUCUCACACGGCAACUACACAAAGCAGUAUCCAGCGUUUGUGGGCCACAAACCUGGCAGGAACAACACGCAACGGCACAAACUGGACAUCCAGCUCAUCAUGAUCAUGAACAGGACUUUAUACAUCGCUGCAAGGGAUCACAUAUACACAGUGGACACAGAGACUGCCAACAGUGACGAGAUCUUUUUCAGUAAGAAAAUGACAUGGAAGUCCAGGCAAGCAGAUGUGGACACCUGCAGAAUGAAAGGGAAGCAUAAGGAUGAGUGUCACAACUUCAUCAAAGUCCUCCUGCAGCAAAAUGAUGACACCUUGUUUGUUUGCGGAACAAAUGCUUUCAACCCAUCAUGCCGAUCCUACAAGAUGGACACCCUGGAGGCUCUGGGAGAGGAGAUCAAUGGGAUGGCACGCUGUCCGUAUGACGCCAAGCACGCCAAUGUCGCCCUCUUUGCUGAUGGCAAGCUGUACUCGGCCACCGUAACAGACUUUCUAGCGAUCGAUGCGGUCAUCUAUCGUAGCCUAGGAGACAGCCCGACUCUGCGCACUGUCAAACACGACUCCAAAUGGCUGAAAGAGCCCUACUUUGUCCAGGCAGUCAAUUAUGGAGACUUCAUCUACUUCUUCUUUCGGGAAAUUGCUAUGGAGUACAACACAAUGGGGAAGGUGGUGUUUCCUCGGGUGGCCAGAGUUUGUAAGAAUGACUGGGGUGGCUCGCCUCGUGUCCUGGAGAAGCAGUGGACUUCAUUUCUCAAGUCUCGACUGAACUGCUCUAUCCCCGGUGACUCCCACUUCUACUUCAACAUCCUGCAGGCCGUGACAGAUGUCAUUCACAUCAAUGGGAGGGAUGUAGUGAUGGCAACCUUCUCCACACCUUACAACAGCAUCCCAGGCUCAGCGGUGUGUGCCUAUGACAUGGCGGAGGUGGCCAACACGUUCACAGGGCGUUUCAAAGAGCAGAAAUCCCCCGACUCCACUUGGACGCCUUUUCCUGAAGAGAAGGUUCCCAAGCCAAGGCCUGGCAACUGUGCCGGCACUCCAUCCAUGGAGAGGUACAAGGUGUCCAAUGAGUUCCCCGAUGACACACUCAACUUCAUCAAGAUGCAUCCUCUGAUGGACGAGGCCGUGCCCUCCAUUGCUAACAGGCCCUGGUUCCUCAAGACCAUGGUUCGGUAUCGUCUGACGCGCAUCAUGGUGGACAAUGAGGCGGGUCCCAAUAAGAACCACACAGUGGUCUUCCUGGGAUCGGAGAAAGGCAUCAUCCUCAAGUUCCUCGCCAAGAUGAACAAUGGCUUCCUCAAUGAUAGCCUCUUUCUGGAGGAGCUUAACGUCUACAACCCUGAAAAAUGCAGUAUAGAUGGUGUGGAUGACAAGCGCAUCAUCGGCAUGCAGAUAGACAGCAAGAGUCACGCUCUGUGGGUUGCGUUUACCUCCUGUGUGGUUAAAGUGCCGUUGUCUCGCUGUGAAAGGCAUGGAAGAUGCAAGAAAUCCUGUAUAGCCUCCAGAGACCCGUACUGUGGUUGGGUGUCAGAAGGAGCCUGCAGACAGGUGGUUGGCAACACCAAAUCAGCCUUUGAGCAGGACGUGGAGCAUGGUAACACAGAUGGCCUGGGAGACUGCCAAAAUACCUUCGUGGCACUCAAUGGCCACCAUCAUCACCACCAUCACCACACCCUCUCACUCCCCACCUCGGCCCUACCUGAGGCUGCCGAGGGCCCCCUGGGGCGGGGCCGCAUGGUGGAGCGGAAGGACCCCCCCAUGAGCUCUGACAAAGGGGAGGACCCCUACAUGGCCGUGCCCUCUCAGACUCAGCCCGAAGCCAAUGGUGUGAUCCGUGAGAGCUACCAGAAGGGUCGCGACCAGCUAGUUCCUGUGACCCUGUUGGCCAUCGCUGUCAUCCUAGCGUUUGCCAUGGGGGCCAUCUUCUCUGGCAUCAUAGUCUACUGUGUCUGUGACCACCGGCGACGAGACAUGGACCUGACAGGCCGCAAGGAAAAGGACAGCCACCACCUCCACUCCCGCCGGGGAUCCAUGAACAGUGUGACCAAGCUGACGGGCCUGUUUGAGACGCAGGCCAAAGAUGGUCGCCCUGAGGCGAUCCUCACCCCUUUGAUGCACAACGGGAGACUCACACCAAAUGGGAAGAUGCUGAUCAAAGCGGACCAGCACCACCUGGACCUCGCUGCUCUGCCAACGCCUGAGUCCACUCCCAUGCAGCCACGUCGCAAGCCCAGCCGGGGCAGCCGUGAGUGGGAGAGGAACCAGAACCUCAUCAAUGCUUGCACCAAGGACAUGCCACCUAUGGGCUCCCCUGUUAUCUCUACAGACCUGCCCCUGAGGGCCUCGCCGGGCCACAUCCCCAGUGUGGUAGUCCUGCCUCUGCCACAGCAUCAGCACCAGCUCCAGCCUCAUCUCCAGCAGCACCAGCAGUCUUACCAGCACGAGUACGUGGAGCAGCCCCACCACAGUGACCUGAGCAUGGGUCACAGUGUCAUGGACGACCAGGGGGCCACCCUGGAGUACAAGACAGUGAAGAGCCCUUGUCACAACCUCAACAUGGUGGACCCAGAUGGGGUGCUGCCGCCACGUGUGCCCCAGCGAGAGGCCUCCCUCACCAUCCCUCCUGCAGUCCCACAGAUGGGCAAACGCCUGGAGGUCCACUCGUCAGUCUACGGGCUCCGGAAAGGAUCAGCAUCCUCCGCUUCCGGAUCCUCUGCCCUCAAGAAGCACAACACCAACUCAUCUAACUCCUCCCAUUUGGCGAGACAUCACAGCUUCAACCGUGUGGAGACUCCACCCCCUGCGCCCCAGAGGGUAGACUCCAUACAAAUGACAGCACAGGGCAUAUCUCUGUCACGGCAGCCUGGAAUGAGCUCCUACGAUUCACUGCCUCGAACGGGCAUCAAACAUCUCAAGCCUGAUGUCCCUCCCAAACCCUCUGUAGUCUCACUCUCAACAAAAGUCAAGUCCAGUGACUCCUGCACAUAGUCAGCUAGUUAUCUAGUCAGUCCAAUGUGAACGGACAGUAGUGAAAGGGUUUUUUCUGAAAUAGAGAAAAAAACAGGGAAUACUGUACAACUUGCAUCUCCUUUUAGUGUUUUUUGUUUGGUUGGUUUUGGUGUACAGUACAGUGGAAAAUGCAAUACAGUUUUUUAAAGGAAACACUUUCUUUUUAUAUAAAUAUGUAAAUAUUAUAAAAAUGGUUGUCGUCAUUUGUUGCCGUCAUCGAGCACAUGCUCUGGCUGGCUCCCAGUUCCUGUGUAAACACACAUGGGAACACGUGCUACUGAAACAGAAGAAGAUGCCCUGAAUAUUUCAUCCAACGGUGCCCUGUAGCAUCUAAGACGGUGGCUCUCUUGUUUGUGGUGUCUUUGGCCACCGGGACUUCAACUGAUACUUUAUCAUGCUGGUAAAAGCACAUAAGAAGGCAGCACCGGGGUUUGGAGAAUCAUUGUUGUACAGUACCUUGAGGGCUGGGGAAUCCGAGCGAGCAAGCACUUGGACCCAGAGACUGAGCUUGGACUGAAAGGACAGAUAGCGGCCUGAGUUCUGUGGGAAACUGUGAAAAGCCUCUCAGUGUUACAGCAAUCAAGUCCUGCCUUGGUUUGACUGAAAGCCUGGGCCAGAAGAAUCUUCUACUGUACUGGUUACUGAAUAACACAUGACUGUUAAUACUAAUAGCUUGUUGUAUUUAUUUUUAUUAAGUGCUUUUGAAAAAAAAGACUGACUUUCUAGGCUCGGUGAGAGAGAGAGGACAGAAGAGAGAUCUUUUAAUAUUAAUUAAUCAAGUGUGAUGAAAAAAAAACUUAUUUAAAGUCAUUAAACUGGAGCCAGUAGAACUUUCUUAAUGACUAAAGGUCCACUAGGUCUUACUGUGUGCUCAGUGGGACCUGCAGCUUGAGAUAUAUGUGACCUCUGUGAAGAGGAGGAGAUAUUUAUUUAAACUGUGCCAGACAGGGACUUUUACCUUCAUGGACCAGAAUUUCCAUUGUUUUAGACCAAUCAUAAAAAAGACUUCCUGAAUCUCACCCUUUCACUCCUACAAUGAGCAC